AUGUUCAAAGAUCACGGUAUCAGAGGACCAUACCGUGGCAUCACCGCGACAGCACUGCGAGACACGGCGUUUGGUGUAUACUUUGUCACCGCCGCAGCUAUCUUGCGCUAUUUCGCGCCUUCACCACUGCCGUCCAACCACUCCGCCGAGUUGAUCUCUGAGGCGGGUUCCCGUGCAUUGUCGCACUCGUUGCAUGUUCAAAUGCUGUCUGGAGGUAUCGCCGGUGUCACAUCAUGGCUGGCGACAUAUCCCUUUGAUGUCAUCAAGGCACACAUACAGAGUACCCACAGUACAGAGGGCGAUAAACCUUUCAGCAUUACUCGGUCCACAUUCCGGAAAAUUUACAGCCUGGGAGGCCCGAAUGUGUUCUAUUGA